UGGCUGUCACCAAUAUUGGUGAAAAUCUGCUAAUUAGUUACAAAUUGCGUCUUAAAAUCCAUUAAAAGGAAGCUAAGGGGUUGAUUAAUGUUGAUUAUAGAAUUGCCUCAAAUAUUUUCUGUAUAGGCAAUCAAUUACAAGGUUUUGACAGUUCAAUAUAAUGGAGUUUGAGCGUUCGACAGAUGCUGAGUUGGCGAGUCUGGAUGUUCCAGAGCUAAUCUCAGUCAUUAGGAAGCUAGAAAAUGAGAAGGUUGCCAACAUGGCUGAUCAUAGCAACCUGAUGAAAGACAUCAAUAAACGCAUGCAGAUUCACCUCCUGGAGAUCCGAGGGUUAAAAGAAGUUAAUCAGAGGUUGCAGGAUGAUAACCAAGAACUGAGGGAUCUGUGCUGUUUUCUUGAUGAUGACCGUCAGAAGGGGAGAAAACUUGCAAGGGAGUGGCAACGGUUUGGCCGGUAUACAUCGAGUGUGAUGAAAAGCGAAGUAUCGGCUUAUCAGCAGAAAUUGAAAGAGUUGGAAACAAAGCAAGAAGAACUGGUCAAGGAGAACUUGAUGUUGAAGGAAUUGUGUUUGUUUCUUGAUCAAGAGCGUGGCUCGUUGUCCCCCAAUGCACAUAAUGGUCGUGACCAGGGUGAUGGUGAUAGUAUGUCAAGCUUGACUGGUGAAGGGAGAGUGGAGGAGAUGAUGGAGUCACCCCAAGCCCACCAUUCACACAACUCAUCAGUCAGAAGUCAUGGAUUGAAUGAAAACACCUUACACUACAUCCGACACCUUGAAAAUCGAGUCAGAGCUCUUGAGGACCAGUUAUCACAGUCACACUAUUCUAGAGGGUAUGGUCCAGAAAAUCAUAUGUAUGGUCAAAGACCUCACACACCAAGAUCACCUGCACGAGCCCUGUCACCUCCUGGUGCAGAUCGAUCUUACCCGAAGCCUGAGGCUGUAGUUCACGCAAUGAAGGUGCUGGAAGUCAAAGAGAGACUGAACUACUCAAAUCCCGAAAGAAUGGACGAGGAUUUGGAUCCAAUGAAUGAGCAAGAAAGAGCAAUAGUCAGAGAAAUGUGUAAUGUCGUGUGGAGAAAACUUGAAGACAGCCCCUCGAAGGAUGGUUGAUUUCUGCCUGCUUCUCGAGAGGUUGCAUUGAUAUUCUCGGAUCAAAAAUUAGCAGAGACAAUUGGAAACUGGAACUGGAAAACAUCUUUAAAAGGGCUUGAAUAGGACACUCAAUUUUCUGACCCACUGUCCAACAAAUUGAGGCGUUGUCCAAAGUAAACCGUCUGUUUUGUUGAUGGGUGUGGGAGAAAUCCCUGUGCUAGUGCCUGAUGUAGACAAAGAAGAAAGUUUUCCUAUGUGAAGUUAUUGGUGCCUUUUGAAAUCUAUUACAAUCAUCUAAAACUAUAUCAUCAUUUUUUCUCCCCGUUUUUUGAAACUAUUUGAUAAUAUUUCAUAACAUGCUGUUGAUAUUUACUUAUGUGCUGAUAUAGAUCAAUUUAUGGCUUUUAUUUACUGGCGGUGAUAAAAUUUUAUGGCUGUAGUCUUGCUGCUCAAGGCUAAAGCUGAUUUUUUCCUCCUGUGUGAAAAAUUCAUUGGUGGAGAGGGGGGCAAAACAUUUAUGUUCUUGUUGAGCCAAACGUCUCCAUGAAAUCAGAAUGCGUUUGGUGGUGUUAGUGAGAGGGUGUAUCAUUUGUAGGUCAGGCCAUUUGCUGGUCUUUAACUGGUUGUUAUCAAAGGCGAUGCUUACAUUACAUGGCAAAAGAUCUUACUGGUAAAGUGGUAUGACUUUUAUUCGGAUUAUAUAACAACAUUCAUUAACCAGUGCUUUUCACGUAUACGCACAUGUGCAUAUAAGAAGAACACCAGCAAUGGUUUGAAUUUGAUUGUAAUGGCCUCAUAUACUGCAUAUUCUGCAUAUUAUUCUACAUAUCAUAGUAUAUCUUUGUGCAUUUAUCUGUAGUGUAUAGAUUUACACGAAAUAAUCAGUCCAUUGUAUUAGGUUAGCACUUUGAUAUCCAUUCAUAUUAGGUAAUCUUACGCGCUGUGAGUUAAACUUAAUGUUACAUAUUCAAUUUUGACUUUUUGAUUUUAAAAAUCUCAAGGAAAUCACUUCGAUGUUCCCGGUCCACUAUUUGAAGAGUUUAAUUGCAGAACAAACUAUAGUUUUUUGUAAUAUACAUGUACUUGUAAAUAAAUUUGUUGAAA